GAGUGAAAACACAGGUUCUUGUUGAGUGCAAAGAGAUGGCUUACCUUAUUCACCUGUUAAUCACCAUCGUUGUCUUAGGACUACAGAAUCAACAGUGCGCCGCAUUUUUAGGCAAGGUUGUGCUACCGUUUCACUACUGCCCAGACAAGUGUAAGGACAACACGACGGAGAGAGUUUCGUACUGCGUCUACAGCUGUAGUUUCAUGAAGAGAGGACAUUAUUAUGAUGGAACAGCUUGCUGGUUCUUCGCCACAGUUGGUAAAUUGUUCGGGUCCAAAGGCCGCUGCAGCAACGGCAUAUGUAGGAUCUCGUACGAGUACCUGGCUGAGUCGCCAAUGGCAAAACACUGCGGUACUGUUGACUAUGACGACAAGGGGACAUCUGGAGAUGAAGAACGGGAUGUUCUACCAACGACUUUGACAAUAUCACCACACAGAGUCAACGGGUCUGGAGAAUCCACAGCAUCAUUAUUUCACAGACGACAGACCAAUGAAGAGUCGUUAGCGACAGGGGCCACUCUGUCUCCAGCAUACCCACAUCGACCUGGUAGAAAGCAUACCUCACCGUCAGUUGUAGCGUCAGAUGCGAAGAGCGAUCUGGGCACAUCGACAGGCUCUACGCAGGUUCAUAACGGCGCCCAAGACGUUAAUUUUACUGUGUUCACAACAUCGGUGGCUACAUUGAUCAUCAAUACUACGGAGCCCACUGGUACAACGAAUCACGAAAAAACUUCAUAUGCGAAUCGGGUGUUAGAAAACAAAAUAAAUUGUGCUCCUUGCGACGAUGAAUACGACGAAGGAACGUUAAGCUCAAAAGAAAAUUUGACAGUGAACAUCAGCUUGACGAUUCGUGAUACCGCAGUGCACAUGACGGCGAAUGUAAGCGUCAAUGUUGCAGCGCCCGAUGGCAUGAUCAAAGCGUCUGUGGUAAAAAUUCCAAAGAGUGUAUAGUUGUAUAGAAAUGUAAGCGAACAUACAAAACUAAA